AUGUCUUCGUCAAACAAUCUUGAAUCGGCUCAUGAACUAGAACAUAAUACAUCUAAUGAAUCUAAUAAUAUAACUGUAGAUAAUAUUCAACGUUAUAUUAAAAAAUCUAAAAUCCAAAAUACUGAUGCUUGUACACAAAAAUGGGUUCGAAGUUUACAAGAAUAUCGUAAAAAAAAAAAUAUUUCUUAUGAUAUUCAAACACUUAAUGAUAAAAACCAGCUUGAACAAGAAUUGUGUGAAUUCUUCGCAGAUAUGAAACGUCAAGAUGGAAAACCAUAUAAACCAGAAUCAAUCGUAUCUGCUUAUACCUCACUUCGUCGUUACUUGUUUGAAGGUUCUGCAAUUAAGAAU